CUAUUCUUGCUAUCUGUAGUUGUAUAGUAUGCUUCCUAUCAAAAAGACAAAUGGGUUUUUGGGGUUUGCAUUAUAUAUGCCUAAGAACAUAUAUGGUUCGUGACCCACCAAGUUAGGUUCAGCUUUAUACAAAAGAAAGAAACCCAUCUGUUGGGGUCUAAAGAUAAUUUCAUUGCCACGCUAUGCAUGAAGUAAAAUGGCGGGGAGGUUCAACUUUGAAGCCGUAUUUGAAGUUCACAGAAGCAAGAGUUUCAAGGCACAAACGUUCUAAUAGUGAUCCAGUUCCAAGAAAAGUUGAGAAACGAAGACCGAAUAACAUGUUUGAAGCUUUCCAUAACCUUGAAUUGGGCAAAAUGGAACAGCUGGAGGAUUCUGUUGAAGCCAAGAGUGGACUGCCUCCCAGCACAAAAGUUCAAGAUUCUUUAAAGGAAGAGAUUGUAGAGCUCCAGGGCCAAUUACAGGACCAGUUUGUAAUGCAUCAUGCGUUGGAGAAGGCAAUGAGUUAUUUUCCUUUUCCCUAUGAUACUAUGAGUGAUAACUCAAUCCCGAAGGCUACCAAGGAACUGAUUGAGGAAAUUGCUGUGUUAGAACUGCAAGUUAUACAUUUGGAACGAUAUCUUCUCUCUCUGUAUAGAAACACAUUUGAUCAACAAGUUUCAUCUCAACAAACCCUUGAUGAAAUAUGCAAACUGAAUUCAAUCAUGCAGAAUGGGAUGUUUCCAGUAGUUCCAAGACAAGAUAUCACAACAGAUAAUCACAAUUCAGUUAAUCAGUCGAGUAAUGGAAAUCAACCUAUGGAAUGCAAUGGCGCUUGGGGACCAGAAAAGCUGUUAGAUUCUGGUAUCCACCAAUAUCACUCCUCAGCAUCUCAGCGUUCAAUUGGUUCUCCUUUAAGCAAAUCUGUAUCUAGAGCUGUAGACUCAUACCAUUCCCUCCCAUUGUCAAUGCUGGAGCAUGCUCAGAAUAAUGAUUCAAAUGCUACCAGUCGGGCGGAUUAUUUUGGAACCAAUAUUCAAGAUUAUGUUUUUGAGACUCCAAACUUGCUCUCAGAGGAGAUGAUCAAGUGUAUCUCAUCCAUUUACUGUGAUCUGGCAGAUCCACCUUUGAUAGGUCGUGACUAUCCUUCCUCUCCCGUUUCAUUUUCUUCAUCACAAAUUGAGUUGCCGGCACAAGGUCGGGGUGAGAUGUGGAGCUCCCAUUGCGGGAACUUUCCAUCCUUCAAUUCAUCUGUUGACAACUUUUUCCAUAUUGGUGAGUCUAUGGAGCUCAGUGGACCAUACUGCACAAUGGUAACAGUGCAGUGGAUUCAUAGAGAUAGUAAGAAGCUAAAAGGUGUGCAGCAGAAGCUACAUGAUUUUAGAUCACUUGUCUCCCAGUUGGAAGCAGUAGAUCCUAGAAAAUUAAAACAAGAAGAGAAGCUAGCCUUUUGGAUCAAUGUGCAUAAUGCACUAGUUAUGCAUGCAUUUUUGGUUUAUGGGAUCCCGCAUAGUAAUAUGAAAAGAAUGUCUUUACUACUGAAGGCUGCAUAUAAUGUCGGUGGUCACACUGUUAACGUAGAAAUGAUACAAAAUUCUAUUCUGGGGUGUCACCUGCUUCGUCCAGGACAAUGGUUGCGGCAUCUGUUUUCAUCAAAGCCAAAAUCCAAAGUUGGAGAUCCUAGGAAAUCAUAUUCCAUUAAUUACCCAGAACCUCGCUUACACUUUGCACUUAGUGCAGGACGCUGUUCUGAUCCUGCGGUUCGAGUGUACACUCCCAAGAGAGUUUUUGAGGAUCUGGAAACUGCAAAGGAAGAGUAUAUUCAGUCAAACUUAAUUAUACGUCAGGAUAAGAAACUCCAUCUACCAAAGCUUGUGGAGUGCUUUGCCAAGGAGUUAGAUCUUUGUCCUGAUGGUUUGCUGGAUAUGAUAGAGCAUUUACUAACUAAUUCUUUGAGGAAGAGCAUUCAUGAUUGUCAACACGGAAAGUCCGGCAAGAGCAUUGAGUGGAUUCAUCACAACUUCGCAUUCCGCUAUCUGAUUUCAAAAGAAUUAGUCCAGUGAUCUCAUCUCUUAUUACAAGUGUUGUGACUAAUGAGCAGUCCUGUUGUUCAAUAUACUUCUCACUUCUGCUAGCUCGAUAAUCAGAAUGACAGGAGAAUCAUAACAAAACUUUACAGUCAACCAGGCAGUGCGAAGUUGAUAUUUUUAACUCUAUUGAAGUGUGCUUCUUGUAAGAAUAAUGAUCAAAUAGGCUGAAGAUCAUUAAGCCUUAGUCCCAUCAGAGAAUUUCUGAAAGAAUUUAUCUGGUACAUAUUGAGCUCUAAAAAGACUUGAGCUUGCCUGAUCAUCAUUCUUAGAACAGCAAUGUUGUGAUUCCGCUGUCAUUCCCAAUUGUCUGACCUACAAUUUUCAGUCAGUUUCCAUAUGUACAUGAUUAGAAUGGAUACUACUCCUUUGUCUAAAAGUAUCCCUAUUUUGGAAUAUUUGGUAAUAGAUGGUAAGUAUCUUAGAAGUGUUUGCCAUAAAUGUCAAAUUUUGAGCUCUGGUUCUGA